AUGACCCGGAAGUAAUUCCAGAGACGGCGGGCCGCGUGGAUUCGUCUUUGGGUCUGGGUUGCUGCGGCUGCCGGGAUGACCAAAAUAAAGGCAGACCCCGACGGACCCGAGACUCCGGCGGAAGCGUGCUGCGGAGAGCGCACUUACCAUGAGCUGCUGGUCAAUCUGAACCCUAUCGCGCAGCCUCUGGCUUCUCGCAGACUCACGCGGAAGCUCUAUAAAUGCAUCAAGAAAGCGGUGAAGCAGAAGCAAAUUCGGCGCGGGGUUAAGGAGGUUCAGAAGUUUGUCAACAAAGGCGAGAAAGGGAUCAUGGUUUUGGCAGGAGAUACGUUACCAAUUGAGGUGUACUGCCAUCUCCCAGUUAUGUGUGAAGACCGGAAUCUGCCCUAUGUCUAUAUCCCCUCUAAGACGGACUUGGGUGCAGCUGCUGGCUCCAAGCGCCCCACCUGUGUGAUAAUGGUCAAGCCCCACGAGGAAUACCAAGAAGCCUAUGAUGAAUGCUUGGAGGAAGUGCAGGCCCUGCCACCUCCCUUGUGAAGGACUUGGACAGCAGCCUAGGCACCUGUUCCAGAAGCUGUUGAACUGGUACCAGAAUGAUUGCCCAUCCUCAUAGCAUCUUCCAAUUCCAUGAGGAUUCUUCCCAGCUAGCUCCAACAGCUGUUUGUUGAAGAUAGAGCCAGCAUCUUUCCAUCAGUUCCACUUCCUGUUGAGCUUCAAUGAAGAGAGUUCCAAGAAUAUGGAGUGGGAGAAGUAAAUGCUAAGACUAAAAUGUGAUGAGUCUGUGGGUGUUUUUUUUUUUUUUUAAAGCAUCAGCAGCUGGUGUAGCCAAGGAGUUGGCAGGCAGGAAAGAGUGGAAGCAUCCCUUCUCACCAGAGAACCCAAAGAAUGUUCAGUGCUAAUGCUUGGUCACUCAGGGCCCAUGCUUGGGUUUAAGCUAAGAAAUGAUUUUUUGGAGGGUGAGGGGUAGUAAGGAAGAUUGAACUCAGCAGUGCUUUAUCAUUGAACCAUAUCCUGAGCCCCUUUAUUGACAUAGGGUCUGAGUUGCUGACGCUGAUCUCAAACUUGUAAUCCUUUGCCUCAGACUCCUGAGUAGUUGAGAAGCUGAGAUUAUAAGCAUGCACCACAGUGCCCAGCUUGAGAAAUGAUUUUCCUGUGUACUCCAGAACUUUCAACUCUCAUUUUCAGGAGAAGCGUAGGCUUUGAGAUGAGGCAACAGGGCCUGCAGCCACUACAUAAGAGACAGUCCCAUUCCUCUUUUCUUCCAGGAGCUUUAAAAACCAUUGUGGACCCUGGGCACUGUGAUGUAUACCUGUAAUCCCAGCAACUCAGGAGGCUGAGACAAGAGGAUCAAAAGUUCAAUUCCAGCCUCAGCA